CCCAGUGGGCCUAGGACCAGCAUGACCCCAGACAGAGGCACAACAGUACGAUGUUGCUGAGGAAGGAAGGUAGCCUUUGUCCAGGAAGGCACCAGCCACGUUGGGGCGGGUCACGUGACCAAGAAGACAGCUAGAGGACAUUUUUCCCGACAAGGGCAUGGUGGCUUACAUAAACCACAGCCGACUCAAGGCCAAGGGCGUGGGCCAACACCACAAUGCCCACUGCUACAGGAACCAGAGUUUUGAGGAGCUGCGGGCCACCUGUCUGAGGAGGGGUGAGCUGUUCGAGGACCCCCUGUUCCCCGCGGAGCCCUGCUCGCUCGGCUUCAAGGACCUUGGCCCCAACUCCAAACAUGUGCAGGCCAUCAGCUGGCAGCGGCCCAAGGACAUCACGAGCAACCCUCAGUUCAUCGCUAACGGGAUCUCUCCGACUGACAUCUGCCAGGGGAUACUCGGGGACUGCUGGCUGCUGGCCGCCAUCGGCUCCCUCACCACAUGCCCCAAACUGCUGUACCGCGUGGUGCCCAGGGGGCAGAGCUUCAGGAAGAACUAUGCAGGCAUCUUCCACUUCCAGCUCUGGCAGUUCGGGCAGUGGAUGGACGUGGUGGUGGACGACCGGCUGCCCACCAAGAACAACAAGCUGGUGUUCGUGCACUCGGUCCAGAACUCGGAGUUCUGGAGCGCCCUGCUGGAGAAGGCCUACGCCAAGCUGAGCGGGUCCUACGAAGCGCUGGCGGGGGGCAGCACCAUGGAGGGCCUGGAGGACUUCACCGGGGGCGUGGCCCAGAGCUUCCAGCUGCAGAGGCCGCCGCCUGACCUGCUGAGGCUCCUGCGGAAGGCAGUGGAGCGCUCCUCCCUCAUGGGCUGCUCCAUCGAAGUCAACAGUGACAGUGACCUGGAGUCCGUGACCCACAGGAUGCUGGUGAGGGGACAUGCGUAUGCAGUGACCGGACUUCAGGACGUCCUCUUCAGAGGCAAGGCGGAAACGCUGAUUCGGGUGCAGAAUCCAUGGGGCCGGAUUGAGUGGAACGGAGCCUGGAGUGACAACGCCAGGGAAUGGGAAGAGGUCAGCCCGGACAUGCAGAUAGAGUUGCUGCACAAGAAGGAGGACGGGGAGUUCUGGAUGUCCUACCAGGAUUUCCUGAAGAACUUCACGCUCCUGGAGAUCUGCAACCUCACACCCGACACGCUGUCCGGGGAAUACAAGAGCUACUGGCACACCACCUUCUACGAGGGCAGCUGGCGCAGGGGCAGCACCGCGGGGGGCUGCAGGAAUAACCCCGACACAUUCUGGACCAACCCCCAGUUCAGGAUUUCUCUCCCUGAGGAGGACGACCCUGACGAGGACUCGGAGGACAACACAAUCGUCUGCACCUGCCUUGUGGCCCUGAUGCAGAAGAACUGGCGGCACGGGCGGCCGCAGGGCUCCCAGCUCCACACCAUUGGCUUCGUCAUCUUCUCGGUCCCGAAGGAGUUUCAGAACAUCCAGGAUGUCCACUUGAAGAAGGACUUUUUCACAAAGUAUCAGGACCAUGGCUUCUCUGAGAUCUUCACCAACUCCCGGGAGGUGAGCAGCCAGCUCCGGCUGCCGCCCGGGGACUACAUCAUCAUCCCUUCCACCUUCGAGCCGCACAGAGACGCCGACUUCUUGCUUCGGGUCUUCACGGAGAAGCACAGCGAGUCCUGGGAGCUGGAUGAAGUCAACUACUUGGAGCAGCUUCAGGAGGAGAAUGUCUCCGAGGAGGCGUUGGACCAGAACUUCAUCCGUCUGUUUGAGAUCGUGGCAGGAGAGGACAACGAGAUAGACAUGUAUGAGCUCCAAAGGCUGCUCAACAGGAUGGCCAUGAAACUCAGAAACUUCAAGAGCAAGGACUUUGGCUUGGACUCCUGCCGCUGCAUGGUCAACCUCAUGGAUAAAGAUGGCUCUGGCAAGCUGGGGCUUCUGGAGUUCCAGAUCCUGUGGAAAAAAAUCAAGAAAUGGACGGACAUCUUCCAAGAGUGUGACCAGGACAACUCAGGGACCCUGAACUCCUACGAGAUGCGCUUGGCAAUUGAGAAAGCAGGCAUCAAGCUGAACAACAAGGUGAUGCAGGUGGUGGUGGCGAGGUACGCGGAUGACAACAUGAUCGUGGACUUUAACAGCUUCAUCAGCUGUUUUCUGAAGCUGAAGGCCAUGUUCACCUUCUUCCUGACCAUGGAUCCCCAGAACACUGGCUGCAUUCACGUGAACCUGCAGCAGUGGCUGCAGGCGAUCAUGUGGGGAUAGAGGCGCAGCGAGGGUGCUGGGCAGAGCAGGGGGCCAGUCCUCGCAGCUCUCAGCUGAAGGGAAAGGCCGCAGAUGCCGAGUUUACCCUGUGCACAUCCUCCCAGUUUCCCCAGCCAGGCUUGGGGAGCAGCUGGAUCAACCUCACAGUCUCCCUCCCUCUCUGGAUAGAUUUUACUACAAAUGAAGUGAUGCUUCCCUGGUGCCCCCAUGACUAGGGAGGCCAAGAAUAGGGAAGGGGCUCCUAGCUCACUUCCUGCUUCCCAGCUGCCUCCUGACCCUCUCACACCUGCCUCCUGGUCCAGCCUCACCCCUGCCCACCCACAGACCUUCACACCUGCCUCCUGGCCCAGCCUCGCCUCCCGCCCACCCACGGACCCUCACACCUGCCUCCUGGCCCAGCCUCGCCCCCCGCCCACCCACGGACCCUCACACCUGCCUCCUGGACAUUAUCGUAAUAAACACAUGUGCUGGC